AUGUGGAGAUAUGAUGUUGGUCGGAAUUGGACUGUGCAAGAUAUGUUGCGGACUUGGAGACAACAGAGAAGGUACAACCAAGUGUCUGAAAAAAGAAACUUGCAAAUACAAGUGAUGUUUAAUCAUUUUGAUAAUAUUAAUUUGGAAAUUCAAAAUUUCACAAAAGAAAAUGAGGUUAUGGCAGUUAAGUCGAUAAGAACAAUAACAACAUAUUUGAAAAAUCAUAACACCAUUUUAUAUGAACUUAUAAGUAAUAAUCUUUAUCCACAACUCAGCACUGUUUUAAAAGGAUCAAAACAUAGUGUUCUUAUAUAUACAUUGAAGUUAUUGAAGUCAAUCACUGAUUUAAGUAUAGAUGAGUAUCAAAAAGACUUCUUACAAUAUAAUAUUCCACAAGAUUUGAUACGAUUGUUGUGUUUACCACUCACUAUUGCCAAUAAAUGUAUUAUACAAAAAACUCUGAGUUUGAUAGGAAAUGUUAUGAACAAAUCGGAUUGUGUCAAACAAAUUUUUUUGUGUGAAGGAUUUUUUCAAAUUUUUGUGAAUGUGUGUAACCAAUUGUUGUUACAUCAAGAAGAUGAAAUACUUUUCAAUAAAGUGACACAAGUCUUGGCUGAAAUCACAAAAUUCAAUCCACAAAGUCAAAACCAAGUAGAAGAAUCUCUUCUUAAUAUUUUAGUCGCACUUAAUAUUAAACCUUUUUCUGAAGAAAGAACAUCAUUUUUAACAACAUGUUAUAUAAACUAUUCGGAGUAUUCUUUGGAGUUCAUUCAAGUCUUUAUAAAAAAUACAAAUGUGCAAAUUUUCAUUUGUCAAUUGUUGGAUUUACAACUUGUGAAAUACCAAUUAAAUGCGCUUCAAAUUGUUAUCAAUUGCACAGAAAGAUAUCCAGACACUCCAAAAUAUAUACAAAACGUGUACAUGACCAUUCUGAAUUUAAUCGGAUAUGAAUCGUUAUCAAAUAGAAUCUUUUGUUUGAUGAUUUCUAUCUUAUACAAUGUGUUGGACACACCAAAUUACUCGCUCUGUUUAACAGAACAAAUUCAAAACAAAUCUCAUGUAUUAAAAUUCUUUGUAAAAAAGUUUAUAAACCCUUCAGAAUUGGUUUCUUUAAACUCAGUUUGGUUUAUUUCUACUCUUAUCAAAGUGACAACAAAUGUUAACAACAUGAAUAUAUUUAACUAUUUACUUAAAAAUAAAAUUAUCACUGCAAUUUUCGAUGCUUUUCAAUUAUGUUUAAAAUCAAAUGAUAUGAAUGAAGCUGAUACACUUUUGAACAUGUUCAUUGAUAUCAAUACCCUAUUAGCAGCGAAUAAUAGAAUGGAAAUUGAAGAUUUGGAUAUAUCCAUUACAAAGAAAGAAUUUGAAGAAUGUAAUGUAUACCAAAUACUUGAUGAUGUAUUUUUUCAAUUUCCACUUGAUGAAACUCGAUGUUUACAAUGUAUUCAGUAUAUCAAAUCUGCCCAAAUAUAA